CAUAUAUAUAUAUACAUGUUACCCUCCCACACCACCAGACCUCUCCGUGCUUCAGGAGAUCAUCUCUUACUCUUUAUCAUCAGUUUGAUGUUCAACCGAAACUCUGCUGUCUGACUUUCAGUGAACACAACACGCCAUGAUGAAGAGGAGAGAGGAAGAGGAGGAGGAGAGGACGACUACAUCCACCAGAGAGGAAGAGGAGGAAGAGGUCUCAGGUGAUGAUGAUGAAGAGGUCUCAGGUGAUGAUGAUGAUGAAGAGGUCUCAGGUGAUGAUGAUGAUGAAGAGGUCUCAGGUGGUGAAGAAGGGGUCUCAGGUGAUGAAGAGGUCUCAGGUGAUGAAGAGCAUAAGGAUAAAGAUGGUGGUGAUGAAGGUGUUUCAGGGAUGAAGAAGCAGACCAAUCAGGAAGCAGCCGGAGACAGGAAGUGUGUCCCAGGUAUUCUCUACCUGGGUCACAUCCCUCCGAGGCUCCGCCCCCGACACGUGAGGAACCUGCUGUCAGCCUAUGGGGAGGUGGGCCGCAUCUUCCUCCAGCCAGAGGACGGGCAGGUGAGCACGAAGAAGAGGAAGGGGGGGUCCCGGCGCUGCGACUUCACUGAGGGCUGGAUCGAGUUCAGAGACAAGCGCAGAGCCAAGCUGGUGGCUGCCUCGCUGCACAACACGCCCAUGGGGACCAGGAAGCGCCAACGCUUCGCCUCAGACCUGUGGUGCAUCAAGUACCUGCACAGGUUCCAGUGGACUCACCUGUCUGUCUCUCACCUGUCUGUCUCUCUCAGUACCUGCACAGGUUCCAGUGGACUCACCUGUCUGUCUCUCACCUGUCUGUCUCUCUCAGUACCUGCACAGGUUCCAGUGGACUCACCUGUCUGUCUCUCACCUGUCUGUCUCUCUCAGUACCUGCACAGGUUCCAGUGGACUCACCUGUCUGUAUCUCACCUGUCUGUCUCUCUCAGUACCUGCACAGGUUCCAGUGGACUCACCUGUCUGUCUCUCACCUGUCUGUCUCUCUCAGUACCUGCACAGGUUCCAGUGGACUCACCUGUCUGUCUCUCACCUGUCUGUCUCUCUCAGUACCUGCACAGGUUCCAGUGGACUCACCUGUCUGUCUCUCACCUGUCUGUCUCUCUCAGUACCUGCACAGGUUCCAGUGGACUCACCUGUCUGUCUCUCACCUGUCUGUCUCUCUCAGUACCUGCACAGGUUCCAGUGGACUCACCUGUCUGUCUCUCACCUGUCUGUCUCUCUCAGUACCUGCACAGGUUCCAGUGGACUCACCUGUCUGUCUCUCACCUGUCUGUCUCUCUCAGUACCUGCACAGGUUCCAGUGGACUCACCUGUCUGUAUCUCACCUGUCUGUCUCUCUCAGUACCUGCACAGGUUCCAGUGGACUCACCUGUCUGUCUCUCACCUGUCUGUCUCUCUCAGUACCUGCACAGGUUCCAGUGGACUCACCUGUCUGUCUCUCACCUGUCUGUCUCUCUCAGUACCUGCACAGGUUCCAGUGGACUCACCUGUCUGUCUCUCACCUGUCUGUCUCUCUCAGUACCUGCACAGGUUCCAGUGGACUCACCUGUCUGUCUCUCACCUGUCUGUCUCUCUCAGUACCUGCACAGGUUCCAGUGGACUCACCUGUCUGUAUCUCACCUGUCUGUCUCUCACCUGUCUGUCUCUCACCUGUCUGUCUCUCUCAGUACCUGCACAGGUUCCAGUGGACUCACCUGUCGGAGCGCCUGGCCUUUGAGCAGACGGUGCAGCAGCAGAGAUUGAGGACAGAGGUUUCUCAG